UUUUAUUGCGUCAUUCUACUUCCGCUACCCGGCCGCCAUUGAAACACAAGCGACCAACAAUGGCGUACAGGGGUCAAGGACAGAAGGUUCAGAAGGUUAUGGUGCAGCCCAUUAACCUUAUUUUCAGGUAUCUACAGAAUCGUUCUCGGAUCCAGGUGUGGCUUUAUGAACAGGUCAACAUGAGGAUAGAGGGAUGUAUCAUUGGAUUUGAUGAGUACAUGAAUUUGGUUUUGGAUGAUGCAGAGGAGGUUCACAUGAAGACUAAGAACAGAAAGCCGCUGGGACGAAUUAUGUUGAAAGGAGACAACAUCACAUUGUUGCAGAGUGUGUCCAAUUGAUCAUCUGUUCAUCUACUUUUUGUUUUGUAAGAGAUUGGUGAUUUUUACUUUGUUUUUGUUUGUCAAUAUUUAGACAUUUAUAUUGACUGAUGAAUAUAAAUAAUGUGGCUGUUCUUUUUUGAAUCUACAAAAAUUAAACCCUCUUUUUCCACAA